AUGCAGUCCCGUCUGCACUCGUCUAAGCACCCCAAAGGGUUCGAGGCGCCUACCACGGAAGAUCUGGAGGAGCUCCGUGAACGUGUCCAAGAAUUUACCCGACGCGAGAUCUCGGAGGAGGUUGCUGCGCACACGGACAAGUCUAACGCCUUCCCUAAUGAGAUGUGGCAGAAACUGGGUGAGGCGGGCUUCCUGGGCAUCACAGCUGACGAGGAAGUCGGUGGACUGGGACUGGGCUACCAGGCGCACUGCAUCGUCAUGGAGGAGCUCUCGCGCGCAUCCGGAUCGAUUGCGCUGAGCUACGCUGCGCACUCCCAGCUCUGCGUCAACCAGCUGCAACUCAACGGCUCGCCGGAACAAAAAGAAAAGUACCUGCCCGGUCUGAUUGCCGGCACCAGCAUCGGUGGCCUGGCUAUGUCCGAGUCGGGCUCCGGCAGCGACGUGGUCAGCAUGCGAACGACUGCCAAGGAGGCUGAUGGCGGCUACGUCCUGAACGGCUCCAAGAUGUGGAUUACCAACGGCCCCGACGCCAAUGUCAUUGUCGUUUAUGCCAAGACGGAGCCUGAGAAGGCCUCCAAGGGCAUCACCGCCUUCAUUGUCGAUACUACCGCCAAGGGCUUCAGCUGCGCGCGCAAGCUCGACAAGAUGGGUAUGCGCGGAAGCAACACUGGCGAGCUCAUGUUUGACAACGUGUUCGUGCCCAAGGAGAAUGUUCUCGGUAACAUUAACGGUGGUGUGCGCGUACUGAUGGAGGGUCUCGACCUGGAGCGCCUGGUGCUCAGCGCCGGCCCCUUGGGCCUUAUGCAAGCCUCCCUCGACGUCGCUCUACCUUUCAGCCACCAGCGCAAGCAGUUUGGCCAGCCGAUUGCCCACAAUCAGCUUGUUCAGGGCAAACUGGCCGAUAUGCACACCAAGCUCCAGGCUUCGAGGGCAUACACGUACGCGACGGCUCGCGCUGUCGAUGAGCAGGGCAAGAUCCGCACCGAGGACUGCGCUGGUGCUAUUCUCUACGCCGCCGAGCGUGCUACGGAGUGCUCUCUGGACUGUAUCCAGCUUCUUGGUGGUAUGGGAUAUGUGGAGGAAAUGCCGGCGUCGCGCCUGCUGCGAGAUGCCAAGCUGUACGAGAUUGGCGCGGGUACGUCGGAGAUUCGACGCAUGGUCAUUGGUCGCGCUUUCAAUAAGCAGUACGCCAAUGUUUAA